AUGACUACUCCCAGUACCAGCACCACUGUUAAUCCGCCCAUCGCUGCGGUUAGUUUAAAAUUGCCACCGUUUUGGCCAAAUGACCCACUCAUUUGGUUCAUGCAAGUUGAGGCCCAAUUUUUAACUCGUGGUGUUACUUCAGAGGAGACACGUUACGCAUAUGUAAUCUCUUCUCCUCAACCCUCCAUCGCACAAGAAGUGCGGGACAUUCUCAUCAACCCGCCUUCCACCCAGCCCUUCACAGUGUUGAAGGAGGAGCUCAUCAAGCGGACUUCUGAAUCGGAGAAAAAACGGCUACAGAAACUCCUGACAACUGAAGAGUUGGGGGACCGGAAACCAUCCCAACUUCUGCGCAGAAUGCAACAGCUGCUUGGUGAGUGCAAGUUGGAGACAUCCAUCUUCAAGCAACUGUUUCUCCAACGCCUUCCUGGCAACGUACAACUCGUGUUGGCCUCCACCGCCGAUGAUGUCAACAUUGAGCAGUUGGCUAAACUGGCCGACAAAAUUGUGGAAGUCACACCUCUUCCCAGCCAUGUUGCCACGGUAACAACUGGGGAGAGUUCACCUUCACAGGCUACACAAUUUCAACAACUAGCUGAACAAAUCACCCUGCUCCAAGCACAAGUUUCUGCCUUGUCCAGUCAACCUCAGCGUCGUAGCCGCAGCCAGUCCCGUGAUCGCCAUCGACGCACCCGCAGUCCAUCUCCCGAUACUCUCUGCUGGUAUCAUCGCAAGUUUGGUGCUAAUGCUCAUAAGUGCACCAAACCCUGCUCUUUCACUACACCUGCCUCCUCGUCUUCGGGAAACGGCCCAGCCAGCAACUAG